CCUGGAAGUUUUCGCCACUUGGCUGAGACCCGCCCGCCGAGCGCUUGCAAGUUUCCGUAUCUAGGUCUGGGUGACCCGCCAGCGAUCGAGGGAGGGCUUUCCCGACCCCCCCACCGGCCACGAGGGAGGGGGGCGCUGUGCAUAUGCCCGCUCCUUCCUUCGUGCCUUCGGUGGCGGGAGGGAGAGAAGGGCGCGUAAGAGGAUCCCCGGUAGUCAAUGGUGAGCGGAGACACCGAGAGUGGAGAAGAAGAAGAAGGAGGGAGCCAAGGGCUGUAACUAAGCCAUCUUCUUAUCGCCACUUGGCCUUCGAAACAGCUACUCGCGCGGUUCCCCUGCUGAAGGGGGUUCAGAUUUUCAUCAGCUACCAGAGGCUCCACUGGAGCUUUAGUGAAACUGCAGACGACACAAAUGGUCAUGCAAGAGACAAAAUGUUGUUUCUUUCUGGGAUUUUGAAAGAUAACAAAAGCCAAAGAUUUUGGAACACAUGUCUCAAGACACAGCUAUGAAAAUGAAUUUUGAAAUAGGAGAGGUGGAUGGAAAGGAAAGCACAACAUUCCAUGCAAUUGCUCUAACUCAGGACAGCCAUCAUGGACAGUAAUAUUGUCGAACACCAACUUAGUGUCAUAAAAAAUCCACCGGGAUGGGAAAUAGGAGUCUACAUUACUGGUGCACUUGUUCUCCUGGGAAUCGCUGGAGUAAACCUCUGGAAACUUUGGAAAUCUGGCAGCUAUCCUGCACCAUCUCCAUUUCCAAACUACGACUACAGAUACUUGGAACAAAAGUAUGGAUCUACAUAUUCACAGAUCAAACAAAAGAGAGCUGCAAGCAACUUCCGGAAGGCAGGAGAAAGGACGUCUCCUAUUCGCAAACCAAGCCUGAAAAUGGAUGACACUUUUGAAAACAUAAAUGAGUUGGGCACUCUGGAACUGAUGAAUAAAGAUCUUGAGUUAGCCCCCUAUGGGCCAUUGAAAAAAUCUAUCUCCACUGAUUCCCUCAGUUCUAUCUCCUCCAUUGGGAAUAACUUUGGCCAAGAGUUCACAGUUGGACAAGUGGAAGUCAACAUGGAAUACAAUGUGAACUCCAACACUUUGCAUGUCACAUUGCUUCAGGGAAAAGAUCUCAUGGAGAAGGAAGAUGUCAACUUUGAAUCAUGUUUUGUGCGCAUCAGUUUGCUCCCAGAUGAACAAAUUGUUGGCAUUUCUAGGAUCCAAAGGAGUGCCUACUCCGUCUUCUUUGAUGAGAGAUUUUCAAUCCCUUUAGAUCCCUCUGCGCUGGAGGAAAACAGCUUGAGAUUUUCUGUCUUUGGCAUUGAUGAGGAUGAGAGGAACAUCAGCACUGGAGUUGCAGAGCUGAAAUUGUCAGAUUUGGAUCUCUCUAUCAGGCCUUUCAAUGCAUGGUUAUAUCUUCAAGACAUGAACAAGGCAACUGAUUCAGUAGGAGAAAUCCUGCUUUCUCUGAGCUAUCUACCAACAGCAGAGCGGUUGACUGUGGUUGUGGUUAAAGCCAAGAAUCUUGUGUGGACCAAUGGCAAAAUGACUGCAGAUCCUUUUAUAAAGGUGUACUUGCUGCAGGAUGGGAGGAAAAUCAGCAAGAAAAAGACUGCAACAAAGAGAGAUGACCCAAAUCCAGUAUUUAAUGAAGCCAUGAUUUUCUCAGUGCCAGCAAUUGUCCUACAGGAAUUGUCUCUUCGGGUGACUGUCGCAGAAUGCUGUGAAGAUGGGAGGGCCGAAAAUAUUGGCCACGUUGUCAUAGGCCCAGCAGCAGGUGGCAUGGGCAUCACCCAUUGGAACCAGAUGUUGGCCACCUUGAGGAAACCUGUGUCCAUGUGGCACCCGCUUCGGAGAAGCUAAGGGCCCCUUUGAGCUUCCUUGUCCAUUUGGCAUGGUGCCUGAACUCUUCUUAUGGGCAGAUGCGGUUGGCAAAUGAUGCUUAGGACAUCUAAGAGCGAAAAUCUUUCUCAGAUAUUUUUCAUGAAAUGGAGUAGCAGCUACCGAAAAUAAAAGAAACAAAACAAAACAAAAGAGACCCAACUGUCAAACAAGACCAGACAAGCUUUAGGAAAGCUUAAGAGCUAAAAUUGUAAGAGUGGAAGCCAUUUAAGUUCCAAGGACCACUGCAGUGGGUUUUGGACAAGUGGAGUGGUCUUUGGGCACUUGUUACUCUGACAGCACCAGCUAAAUUUCAGAAUUUAUUUUAUAUAGGGUUUUGAAGACCCCAUGUGGUUUCCCCUGUAACCUAGGAGGGGGUUGGAGGGAAACACUAAAGGUAUAUUAGCCACUUGAAUUCACCUAGUUCUUAAAUGUACUGUAUCUGCUUGGAAGUUGGAGCCACUAUGAAUAUUGCUUUGAAAUAAGGAUUGGAAUCACAAUUUUGCAUCUCAGUUCUUGCCACACUUACUGGGAAGCCAGUCUCAUUCACUUCAGUAGCAUUCGUUUUUAACAAAGGUGGUUUUAAGAAAUGUGUUUAGGGUCGCACAGUUCUGUGAAUAGAGUCACAGCCAUAUUCACCACAGAACAGAUUUUCAAAGAGUAACCAUGAUAAUCUGUUCUAAACAAAGACUACCAAGGGGCUGGUUAGUGUUAAGGACUGGUUUAUUAUAGCAUGAACCUUUACUUAGAGAGGCCUUCCUGUCCAGAUUCAUGAAGUGAAUUUAGAUCUUUCAUCUGCUGACUAUGAAGCAGGCCCAUGCUACCAAAAAAGAAAGAAGAAGAAGAAAGAAAUCCAUUUUAGAGGUGUUUGAGACUCCUUGAGGCUCUUUGUCUUUGCCCUUCCCCCCUUGGUGGUGGUAUUAAAUGAUAUAGCAUGACAAGGGAAAUCACGUAUCACUCUAAGAACUAUUAAGGCUAUGGUGUAAUCCUGUACUUACCAUCACAAACAGCAUAAUCCUGUACAUAUCCAUUCAGAAGUAAGCUUCUUUGAAUUGAGUUAAACGUACUUCCUCAAAAAGAUAUAAGGGUCGGGGCAAUUCUAUCCCACAUUAUAUGGUGAGGCUUAACUUCAGAGUUAAUUUGGACAGAGAUAUCCCACACAAAGGACGUUUCCUACUGUUUCACGGGAUACAGUAUUCUAUGAAGAGAGGUAACCUGUCUCUAGGCCUAUGGAUUCUGUAUUGCCAAAAGCUGUUUGAAGAAUGGAAGACUGUGGAGAUAAUGUUGUAUGAAUGUUGUAAUGCUUGAAAAGUUCCUCCUUAGCAUGGUAAGUUGUCUAGAUGCGUUUCUGUCCAUCACCAUCCCAGCCAUAGGAUUAUAAAUACUUGCAUUCUGAUAACAGAUGAGUGGGAAUUUGAAAAAGCUGGUGAAACUGGUUAGCACUUCAAAGAGGCAGGGCAUGACAAGCUGAAAAUGUUCUCUUUUUAAUAAGAAGGUGUUGUGAUAACUCCUUAUAGCCAGUCAUUCAACUUCCUGAAAUUAUGUGAAUAAGUGAUUUUAAUCGAAUUUCAAGAGAAGAUGCAUCAUCGUCAUCGUAUUUAUUGUUACUAUUACUCUUGAUUCUGUUCCUGCUACUGUAGUACCCCGUAUUACAUUUUACCCCUCCAUUAUUAGGUAGUGCUCAAGGUUACUGUUAGAUGUUUAAUCAGAGCUUGGAAAUGUUAUGUUUUGGGGCUUCAGCUCUCAGAAUCCUACUGGCUGGAGGAUUUUGGAACUUGUAGUAAAAAAAAUGUUUCCAAACUCUACAGAAAGUCCUUAAUUGGAGCAGUACUGCUGACCAGUUUGACCUCAAGCUUUUGUUUGUUUGUUUUGUUUUCCUUUCUCUUAAGUCAUAUUUUGAGGGCGUCAGCUUUCAUAUGGUUCAAGCUCUGCUGCUGACCUGGUAAUUUCUGUGUUGAAUGUGAACCUGUUUGACAUUUGGAAUUUUUCAAGAGUCACCUUCAUUUUCUAUCUUCUGAACCUGAACAAACUCUGCCAUGAGUCAACAUUUACUGUUCUGCUGAGACCUAAGAAAGUUCUUUUGCAUGAAAGGUUUUGCAUGAACUGGAGGAGAGGAUAUUUUCCACUCCAUUUAAUGCAGGUAACCAGCUGUUAAAUGUUCCUUCUGCACAAACAAAUAGCCACAAUGGGGCUGGUUCUACAUCUGGACAGGAGGAGGCACAUCUGGAUUAGUUGAGUUCAUAUGUCCUAAGGAGUCUUUUAAGAACAGGCUGGCACGAUGUGAAUUUGCACUGUCCGGUGGAAGCUUUGCUGUAUGCCAGAAAAGAUGAGGAGCAAGGGGAAGUUUGGGUGAGUUCAGCCUGACAUUCAGUGAACUGAUGCCCACUCUAUUGAACGCUCAAUGCUGUUAAAAGAUAAAAAUGAUCACAAUAGGACAAUCUGAAUUAAAUUAACAAAGCUGCAGAAGUGACCUUCGUACAUGUUGGAAGCAAUCCAGUGGUGCUUCCAGGGUGGAAGGAUUAGACAACUGGGUGCUUUCGGAGCCCAGGGACACCUAAAUGUGUUCACAGUCCUCAGAUUCUUCAGGGAGGCUCACGCAUUGCAACAGCAACAGGUUAAAACCAAAUCCAGGAUAUGUUUAAAAGAGAGCUAGAAACAUGAAAUGCAAUCAGAUAGGCACUUUAAAGAGAGCCUGACAAAGGUAAGUGUGUGUCAUGGUGCUCCCUCUGCCUUUGCUGGCAACCACUGCUUAACUUUGGAAAACAAGGACACCCGAUGAACAGCUACUGCUGGCUUCCUCGGUGUACAAAAGCUACAUGUGGGAGAAAGUGUAUCUUCAGACUCUCAGGCCCCAAGAGGUAUAUGGCUAGGGAGGAGAAAGGAUGUUACCUGGUUAGCCUGUGUCUGAGACUGUCGCUGUACGUUUCCUUCUGAUACCAACUGUGGCAAUAGUCUUUGGUUCUUCAGUGACUCUACAAAAACUUGCCAUUUUGUCACUGCAUUAUUUCCAGGUCUGCUUUAGCUUCUUGGGAACCAUAAUAAAGAGGUAGCCAUCUUUAAUCCCUGUUCCACUCCCCUUUUCCCUUAGGCACUGACCAAAAAGGUAAAGAAAUUAACUUGUGAACAUAUUAGGGCAGCUGUUAUUCACAAAUGCAAUGGUGUCAA